AAACAUAUUAACAAAAUGGGAUCAGAAGGCAAAUACAACGAGAAAACGCGUGUCUUGGUGGUGGGAGCGACGGGGUACAUAGGGAAGAGGAUAGUAAGGGCUUGUAUAGCUGAAGGCCACGAGACUUACGUCUUGCAGCGGCCAGAGAUUGGUCUCGACGUCGAGAAAGUCCAACUCAUCCUCUCUUUCAAGAAACUUGGUGCACGUAUCGUUGAAGCUUCUUUCGCCGACCACCAGAGCCUCGUCUCUGCCGUGAAACUUGUUGACGUCGUUGUCUCCGCCAUGUCCGGCGUACACUUCCGUAGCCAUAACAUCCUUGUCCAGCUUAAGCUCGUCGAAGCCAUCAAAGAAGCUGGUAACGUUAAGAGGUUUUUACCAUCUGAAUUUGGUAUGGAUCCACCACGUAUGGGACACGCGCUACCGCCCGGAAGAGAAACCUUCGACCAAAAAAUUGAAGUGCGUCAGGCGAUAGAGGCUGCCGGAAUCCCAUACACUUAUGUCGUCGGUGCUUGCUUUGCCGCUUACUUCGCCGGGAACUUAUCUCAGAUGGUAACUUUACUUCCUCCGAAGAAACAAGUCAAUAUUUACGGUGAUGGAAAUGUUAAAGUGGUGUUCGCGGAUGAAGAUGAUAUCGCAAAAUAUACCGCAAAGACACUAAACGAUCCACGAACGUUAAACAAAACCGUGAACAUCAGACCUCCCAACAAUGUUCUCACGCAGCUCGAGUUAGUUCAGAUAUGGGAAAAGCUAACCGGAAACAAAUUGGAGAAAACCAAUAUUGCUGCAAAAGACUUCCUUGCCAACAUUGAACAAAUGGAGAUUCCACACCAAGCGGGGAUAGGACAUUUCUAUCACAUAUUCUACGAAGGUUGUCUCACUGAUCACGAUGUCGGAGAAGACGAAGAAGCUUCUAGUCUUUAUCCGGAAGUGAAGUACAGACGCAUGGAUGAUUACUUAAGAAUGUUUCUAUAAAUGAUUUGAUCAAAUUAAAUCAUAUAUAUAUAUAUAUAUACUAUAUACACAAAUCAAAAGUCUUGAUGUUUUCUAUAAUUCUAUUCAUAUUUGUUCUGUUACAGUAUAUGAAAAAUCUUAAAUAUAUGUACCUUUCAUGUAAUAAAUAAACUAUCCUUCCUGUUUUUCUAAUAA